AUGGCACCAUUGGUAUCUGAGGGGACCAUCAGAAAAUGUGUCGAAGCUGUGGUUUUAUUAAUGACAGCGUUCGAAAUCUCGUCUGCAAACGAUUUUGAAAAAAUUCUCCAUCUUAAGCAAAACAAUAUCGAGCUGUUUCGAAAUUCUUCAUCGGAAUCAACACAACCCUUGGACCACUACGAGUCGCAGGCGGCUCGGAUUCAGGGCGAGAUUAUAUUCGGGGGUCUUUUUCCCGUUCACCAGAAGGGCGCUGCAGGGCUGGAUCACUGCGGCGAAAUUAUGCCGGAUCGGGGGAUACAGCGACUGGAGGCCAUGCUCUUUGCCAUUGACGAAAUCAACCGGAAUGGGACGAUUUUGCCCGGAAUCACGAUCGGAGCCACCAUUUUCGACACGUGCUCCACUGAUACCCAUGCGUUGGAGCAGUCCCUGGAAUACGUGCGUGGUUCCCUGUCGAGAAUGGAGGUCGAUGAUUUUUGGUGUGAGGACAACUCUACAGCCGUUCCCAAAUCUCCCCCGGCUCCUGUCGCUGGGGUCAUUGGUGGGUCAUAUAGUAGCGUCUCCAUACAGGUAGCAAACCUUCUCCGGUUAUUCAAAAUCCCGCAAAUCAGCUACGCUUCCACCAGCGCUGCGCUUAGCGACAAGGUGCGUUUUGACUUCUUCGCUCGAACCGUGCCACCAGACAAGCUUCAGGCUAAAGCCUUAGUGGACAUUGUCACCCUGUUCAACUGGACGUACAUUUCGGCCGUCGGGUCGGACGGGGACUACGGACAAUCGGGGAUAGAUUCAUUCCUCGCCGAGGCGAGAACCAGGAACAUCUGCAUAGCAACGACCGAGAAAAUCCCGGCAUCUGCAACGGAUAAGAUUUUUGAUGAUAAACUGGAUAAUUUACUAGAAAAGACAGAGGCAAAGGCCGUCAUACUGUUCCUUCGCGGAGAAGAUGCGCGUGGGCUGCUGAGCGCCGCCACGAGGAAAAACGUCACGCGCCUCGUGUGGAUCGCGAGCGACGGAUGGGGUACCCAGGUUUCUCCCGUGCAAAACAACGGGAUCUCAGCCCAGGGUGCAUUGACCAUAGAACUCCAGUCGAACCUCAUACCAGAGUUCGACGAGUAUUUUCUCAGUCUGGACCCCAUGAACAACACCCGUAACCCAUGGUUCAAGCAAUACUGGGAGAUGGCGCAUGGGUGUGUGUUUAAAGACGACCCCAACACUGGUUACACUUUCGGAAAGAAAGAGUGCACCGGGUAUGAGGUUUCCGGUAAAGCGCACGUCCAAGAGACCAAGGUCCCCUUCGUGUACGACGCUGUUUACUCCCUGGCCCGAGCCCUGGGGAGCAUGAUGAAAGAUGAGUGUGGGGUGAACCACACGGGAGGCAUGUGCGCGGCCAUGAAGGAGAUUGACGGACAUAAGCUUUUUCAAGACUAUAUCUUAAAGGUGGAAUUUUUAGACAGCCAGGGAAGCCUGGUCCAGUUUGACGCGAACGGAGACGGUCUUGGGCGAUAUAACAUCCUGAACUACCGCCAAAACACAGAGACCGGCGAAUACGAAUACCACGUGGUUGGCCACUGGCACAACGGCAUUAACCUAAAUGUGGGCGAAAUAGUGUGGAACUCAGGAACCCUGAGAGAAUUUGACGUGGUGCCGUCAUCAGAGUGCAGUCAACCGUGUAAGGAGGGGGAGAUAAAGAAAGUGAAAGAUAACGUGUGUUGUUGGAUAUGCACGACGUGUGCCCAUCCCUGGGAGUACCUGGCCUCCGACGUGGAGUGCGAGGAUUGCGGAGAAGGCUACUGGCCGUACCCGAACAAAACCGCGUGCUACCGUAUACCGGAACAAUACAUGCAGUGGGACAGCGUCUACGCCAUUGUCCCCAUGUCUCUGGCAGUGGUUGCCAUACUGAUCACCAUUGGAGUCAUUGGUGUGUUCAUUAAGCAUAAUGACACCCCGGUUGUGAGAGCAUCCGGGAGAGAACUCUGUUAUCUGCUUCUCUCUGGUUGCCUAAUUUGUUACCUGAUGACUUUUGUCCUGCUGGCCAAGCCCAGCACUGCCAUUUGCUCAUUGCAGCGCUUUGGGGUAGGUUUUGGGUUCGCAAUCAUCUACGCGUCUCUCCUCACUAAAACCAAUAGGAUAUACAGAAUAUUCAACAGGGCUACAAAAUCUGCAAAAAGACCAGCUUUCAUAAGUCCUCGCUCACAGGUUGUGAUCGCUGGUAUUCUAAUAGGAAUACAAGUGAUGACCACGUGCAUUUGGCUAGCUCUGGAGCCCCCAGGGACGCGAUACUAUUUCCCCAACGGGCAGAGAGACGAGAUGGUUCUUAAGUGUAAAAUUGAAGACUACUCAUUUCUGAUUUCUCUCUCCUACAUCAUGUUACUCAUCAUUGUGUGUACAGUGUACGCCGUAAAGACAAGGAACAUUCCCGAGAACUUUAACGAGUCCAAGUUCAUAGGGUUCACCAUGUAUACCACUUGUAUAAUAUGGCUGGCGUUUGUGCCUAUCUACUUCGGAACGCUCAACUCUUUUGAAUUUCAAAUGACCACCCUCUGUAUAUCAGUAAGCCUGAGUGCUACUGUGGCCAUCGCCUGCUUAUUCCUUCCCAAGUUACACGUGAUCCUUCUCCACCCAGAGAAAAAUAUCCGAUCGAAGGGGGACACCAUGAAGUCCAAGACAAAAUAUAGCUUAUCUGCCGGCCUUCUUCAGUUGCAAUCUAUAGUGCCAUUGACGACCGCAAAUUGCAAGGAUAACGUCACAACCACAACGCAAUCACAAUCGUCAGAAUCGCACCUAACGCAAUCCCAGCCUCUCACAGCCACAUUGUGCAAAGAUAACGGCGCAAUGGGAGCCACGACAGUUUGUGUGAGGAAGGGAGAAAAUGUUGCAAACAAUAGUAUUGAUACGUACAGCGUAUAGCCUCUAGCAGUGGCAUUUGCGGCCAGCGUUUGGCUCUUAAUACGUAAAGCGUAUAUGCAUAUGGUCAAUGGUAUUAGCAAUGGUAUUUGCGUGCAGCGUUUAACAUCUAGCAAUGGUAUUGAUACGCAUAUUUAAAUUUUUUUCAUCAGAUUUUUAAUUUUAGACUUUAUUUGAUCUCACUAAUCUCUUUAAUGGCCAACAAAGUGCAUGUGAUGCAUGUUGCGACUGCUUUUAGUCUAAUCACAGAAUAGCUGGAGAUCGUUGGACUUAACUGAGACGUUGACUAAAUGUUUUUUAAAACAUAUUUUCUCUCACUUCAAGGUCCCAGUAAACGCAUUGAAGCACACGUGGUAGCUAUGUGGCUCUAAUGCGUUGUGCUUAAACCAUACUGGUUGAAACUUCACUUUUUAAUUUGGACGAAAAAUAUUGACGUGGAGAUUUGUGUCACAGAAGAGAAACGAGGCUCAAUAAUUGGGAGAAACCAGAACUUUAAAACUUCGCACAAACUUUAUAUGAAGGUAGCUUAGUAAUAUAA